AUGGGAAGAGAGAAUUUGCUGGAGAACAACCAUUCCAUGGGAAGAGAGAAUUUGCUGGAGAACAGCCAUUCCAUGGGAAAAGAGAAUUUGCUGGAGAACAACCAUUCCAUGGGAAGAGAGAAUUUGCUGGAGAACAACCAUUCCAUGGGAAGAGAGAAUUUGCUGGAGAACAACCAUUCCAUGGGAAGAGAGAAUUUGCUGGAGAACAACCAUUCCAUGGGAAGAGAGAAUUUGCUGGAGAACAACCAUUCCAUGGGAAGAGAGAAUUUGCUGGAGAACAACCAUUCCAUGGGAAGAGAGAAUUUGCUGGAGAACAACCAUUCCAUGGGAAGAGAGAAUUCUGGAGAACAACCAUUCCAUGGGAAGAGAGAAUUCUCUGAAGAACAACCAUUCCAUGGGAAGAGAGAAUUUGCUGGAGAACAACCAUUCCAUGGGAAGAGAGAAUUUGCUGGAGAACAACCAAUCCAUGGGAAGAGAGAAUUUUCUGAAGAACAGCCAUUCCAUGGGAAGAGAGAAUUUGCUGGAGAACAACCAUUCCAUGGGAAGAGAGAAUUUGCUGGAGAACAACCAUUCCAUGGGAAGAGAGAAUUUUCUGAAGAACAGCCAUUCCAUGGGAAGAGAGAAUUUUCUGAAGAACAACCAUUCCAUGGGAAGAGAGAAUUUUCUGAAGAACAGCCAUUCCAUGGGAAGAGAGAAUUUGCUGGAAAAUAUCCAGUCCAUGGUUGA